UCUGACACCAUGGUCAGCUCCUGUUGUGGCUCUGUCUGCUCUGAGCAGGGCUGCUGCCAGCCCAGCUGCUGCCAGGCAACCUGCUGCCAAACCACCUGCUGCAGAACCACCUGCUGCCGCCCCAGCUGCUGUGUGUCCAGCUGCUGCAGACCCCAGUGCUGUCAGUCAGUGUGCUGCCAGCCUUGCUGCCGCCCCUCCUGCUGCAUCUCUAGCUGCUGUCGUCCCUCUGGCUGUGGCUCCAGCUGCUGCCAGCCCUGCUGCCACCCCUCCUGCUGCAUCUCUAGCUGCUGUCGUCCCUCUGGCUGUGGCUCCAGUUGCUGUGGCUCCAGCUGCUGCCAGCCUUGCUGCCGGCCCUGCUGCCGGCCCUGCUGCUGCCUGCGCCCAGUGUGUGGCCAGGUCUCCUGCCACUCCACUUGCUACCGCCCCACCUGUGUCAUUUCCACCUGCCCCCGUCCCAUGUGCUGUGCCAUCCCUUGCUGCUGAAUCUUUGCCUGCUGUCUUUACCACACUGUGAUAUCUUCACAAGUCACAUAAAAUGUGCUGGAGUUGAAGACUGGCAUGAUAAUGAACUCCAGCUACCAAAUCUUCUGAUUUAGGUUUCUCAAAUGGCAUUCAUUUCUUCUAAAGAUUGAUAUAUGAGAACACAUCUGUCAAAAUAAUUUUAACACAGAUCAAAUGCAUCUAUUUUUUUUACCAGGAAAAUAUUCAUCCUAAGUAUAUUUAGGGUAUACUUUUAAUGAAUCCAUGUAACAUUAUUUUCAUAUGCCCUUAAUAAACAACUGUCUUUCUUGA